AUGGGGCAGCAGCAAGAAUUAGCGGCCGUGCUAAAGCCGCCAGCCGCCGUGGUCUUCUCGUGGGAGCCAGUCGCGGUCACCACCAAGCCGGCUGCCGCGGAAGGCCGCAGGGACACCACCGUCAUCAUGCCGCUGGGGAGCCCGGCGAAGGAGGCGGCGGCAGGGGCACUGCCGGCGACGCGACGGCUCUCGGUGCCGCCGCCGCCGGGCUGCGCCGCGAUGAGGAGCCUGUCGUCGAGGGCCAUGCGGCCGGAGGAUGACCCGUCCCUGGCCGCGUACCUGGCGUGCACCAAUAGCCGUAGUGGCGGCAGCAGGGACGCCGCCGGUGGAACGCCGGCUGGGGGAGGCCAAUAA